AAUGCAUGAUUGGACAAGGCAAUGUUUACGAAAGUUGGAUAAAAUAUAAAAUGAAAAAUGAUAAAAUCCUAAUCUUUUGCAUUUGAUUUGAUAUAUAAUAUUAAUCACAAAUAUGACUCAUAUUCCCAUUUUCUUAAUGCUAAACUGUUAAUUUUUGUUAAACCUAUCUUGCUCAAUAUUUAUUCUUAUUCCUUGUUUGUUCAUUUAACAGCUUUAUUUAAAUUAUAAAUUCAUAUCAGUUUUAUCGAGCAAUAAAAAGAAUUUACACGAUUAUUAAAUUUAAUAUACAUGACAGUACAUAGUACAUGUAGAUAAUACUAGACUGUAAAGACAGAGUUUAGACUAGACUAACAAAAAAAUGGGACAAGCAAAAAGCCAAUUCACUGAUGAUGAACUGCAGAAUUACCAAGAUCUAACAUAUUUUACCAAAAAGGAAGUCUUGCAUGCUCAUCAGAAGUUUAAAGCUCUGGCCCCAGAGAAAGUAGGCCAUAAUAAAAAUGCCAAACUACCCAUGGAAAAAAUUUUAUUAUAUCCCGAACUGAGUGUGAAUCCAUUUGGAGAGCGCAUAUGUAAAGUUUUCAGCUCAAAUCAUGAUGGCCAUUGCACUUUUGAAGAUUUUUUGGAUAUGAUGUCAGUGUUUAGCGAAACAGCUCCGAAAUCUGUAAAAGCUGAACAUGCUUUUCGUAUAUUUGAUUUUGAUGGUGACGAUAUGUUGGGUAAAUCGGAUUUACAAGAAGUGAUUAGAACAUUAACUGGUGAAUAUAAACUUACUGAUGCGGAAAUCGACACGUUGAUUGAAAAUAUUUUGGAAGAAGCUGACUUUGACGACGAUAGGUCUCUUUCGUUCGCAGAAUUUGAACAUAUAACUGAUAAAUCGUCUGAUUUUUUAAGCGCUCCAUCAACACCUGGUAGACCGUUUAUUUACCACCAUAUCAUGGACGAGAACUUACCUACACAGAAUAUUAGAGAGCUCCUGCUAAGUUCAGAGCUCCCCUGCUCAUUCUCUCAGACUGGCUCGGUAUUUAACCCAAUAGGAGAUGAUUCUACAGAAUUAUAAAAAAGAUUAAUCAGAAUUCAAGCCAUCUCCGUGGUUCCCACAAUUCUCUUUGUUAUAUAUGUUCGACAUAUUUAUUUACAUUUAGCAAUAGACAUUUACAUUUUGAUAAAACUUUUAAGCAUAAAUAUUUCCUUUUUUUUUCAGUGCAUUCAGGAUCCGUUUGUAAUUCAAGAAAAA